ACAACAGUGCAAAAAGAAGCUCUAGCCGUAAACGAAAAGCAACGGUGACAGCAGUGCAUAUAACUUUAAAAGAGACAGCGGAGGGAGGUGAAUUUAGUGGCCAGAAUUCCUCAUCCUUCUCGGGCUGCGUCGGAGCGUCCCACCAGAGGAACUUAUACUGAGAUUUGUCACGUACAUUGUAGCGGUCCGCGUUUGCUGGUGACUGUGUAAAAACCCAGCAGCAUCAUUCCUCUGGACUUCGAGGUAAAGUCUGACGCUUUCUCAACUUGACGCGCGCGCAUUUGUUGUGUGGCGGACUUUUCUGCGACAUGUGAGGAAAGUUCUCGCUUUCUUCCCAUGAAAGCUUAAACUUUAUAGCCUCCAGUUAGACGGAACUUAAAACACGGAGGUGAAGAAGGAUAUUUGAAGUCUCUGUUACUCAAAGGACGAUUUCUCUGAAACUACAUGUGAGCUUUAACACGGUGAAGCGAGGACGAGUCAGGUUGGUGGUUUUGAGUUCACGAGUCUCAAGUUUCUGCCGCCCUGGCCAGUGAUAUUAAGGCGUGCAUUUGACCUGGGAUAAGUUGUCAACAAGAGGCAAAACUGGCAGGUGUAUAAGUGCAUUUACAUGCAUGGGCAUAUGCAUAUAUUGCUGCACUAUAAAUAGAAGCUCGUGCUAAUGUAUUAAACCCUGGGCACUCAUCUUCAUCAGUCAUAUUAUUCUUAAUCCCAGUGAAUCCCCCCGCGUGUCGCUUUGGCUGGUAGGGUAGGUGUCGUCGCAUGGACUGACAUGGCCACCGAUCUCGCCAUGAGCGCAGAUUUGCCCAACAGCCCCCUGGCUAUUGAAUAUGUCAACGACUUCGACCUCAUGAAGUUUGAAGUCAAGAAAGAGCCCCCGGAGGCCGACCGCUAUUGCCAUCGCCUGCCCCCGGGCUCGCUAUCCUCCACCCCAAUCAGCACACCCUGCUCCUCGGUGCCUUCCUCGCCCAGUUUCUGUGCCCCCAGUCCCGGAUCGCAGCCGGGGCAGAACCUCGGAAAUGGAGUCAACAACAACAACAACAACGGUGGCAACAACAACCAAGGCUCCUCGGGCAAGCCGCAGCUGGAAGAUCUCUACUGGAUUCCUAACUACCAGCAUCACAUCAGUCCAGAGGCCCUCAACCUGACGCCCGAGGACGCGGUGGAAGCGCUUAUCGGUAACUCGCACCACCACCACCAUCACCACCAGCCCUACGAGGGAUUCCGUGGUCAGCAAUACGUCGGAGAUGACCUCUCGACGGCCACGAACGGUCACCACCACCCGGUGCACCACCACCACCAUCAUCACCACGGCCACCACGCGCGCAUCGAGGACCGCUUCUCAGACGAGCAGCUGGUGAGCAUGACAGUGCGCGAGCUUAACCGGCAACUGAGAGGCUUCAGCAAAGAAGAGGUGAUCCGUCUCAAGCAGAAACGGCGAACCCUGAAGAACCGCGGCUAUGCGCAGUCGUGCCGCUACAAGCGCGUGCAGCAGCGCCACAUGCUCGAGAGCGAAAAGUGUACGCUUCAGAGCCAGGUGGAGCAACUCAAGCAAGACGUGGCGCGUCUGAUCAAAGAGCGGGACCUGUACAAGGAGAAGUACGAGAAGCUCGCGAGCCGAACCUUUAACGGCGGCGGCAACACUCGGGACCCGUCCAACGGCACUCACGGAAAAAACACUUCCACGGACUUCUUCAUGUGAGAGUGAUUCUUGUUAAAGACUUUUUUCGCACCAACGUAUUCGUUUUUUAAACCUUACUUUUGAUGAUUUUCAGAGUGAGUUUUAUUUGCAGUUCUCAUCUGAAAUACCCAAUGUCCACUUUAGAGCAUACACUCUUAAAAAUAAAGGUCUGAUGCCAUAGGAGAACCUUUUUACGUUCCACAGAUAAAUAUUUUAUUCUCAAAGACUCUAGAGAAGUUUCUAUGUGGUGCUUUACAAAACCCAAUGUGCAAAUCAAGAGAACCCAUAACGUAACAUCCAGCACUUCUUUUCCGAAGAACUACCCACAAUGGUUCUUGACAAGCAAGCCAAGUCCUUUGCUGAACUUAAAGUGCUGAAAAGAAACAUUAAAGAACCUUUAUUUUUAAGAGUGUAAAGUCUAUUACAACAACAUAUUUAAAGUCUUCACUCAUUAUUUGUGUGCAUAUAGUACUGUACCAUAAAAGUCUUAAGGUUAGUAAAUAUGGGAUCACGCAUAACCUCCAAAGACCCAUUAGUUUUGGAAUCUGUCAAUUUUUUAUUUUAUUUAUUUUUUUAGUUAUAGGCUAACUGCAAAGUCCGACAUGUUUAUAGACAUACAUUCGCUUCCUUAAUCUGUUUUUGUUUUUUUUAUUUUUUUUAUUUUUAUUUUUUUGUCUUCGCCGAUUUACGAGUCUUACUGAAGAUGAGAACAUACUGGAAACGAAACUUCAGCCUGUGAAGGGACUUUGUAAGAAACAAUAAUCAUAUUAAAACACUUAUAAGCAAGAAAGGGAGAUAGCAAUCCUUGACAUUUCUCACUCAUGAACUGAGGUUGAGGGGACUUAUGAACUUUUAGGGCCCUCAAGCAUUGCUCAAAUCUGCAUUACCCCACCAAUCCUGCAUGCGGGACAUGUACGGUACUCCAAACGCGCCAGGUCCUUUCUCUCUCUUCCUCAUACAGCACUUGGAUGAAAAGCAUGGCCCUUAACCACUCUCUCUUCUCUCUCUCUCUCUCUCUCUCUUCGUUUCUUCUGCUCGACACAAACCGUGUAUGUGAAGGAACUCAUGCGUACCUGCGAAAUCACAUGAAAUCCGUCCUUGCAUUUCUUUUCUAUUGUUUAAAAAGUACAGAAUAAGAACAAAGAAAAGAAAAAAACACUGAGCCAGAGUUAUUUAUUCCCACUUGUACAUAGGUCAAAUGGUGUGUUAAUUUAACUUUCUUUUUAAAGUCCUUUUUGCUUGAUUAUUUAAAACGUCUUAAUACGAUGUUUGUAUGUAGUAGCAUGCAAAUGACAAAGAUAUUCUCAUCCUAUUGAAUAUGUACAAUUUCAAAGGAAGCCUACUGCACUACGAUUCGAAGAAUUGGGAUUUAUAUAACAUUUAUUUUCCUCGGUGUUCAUCGAAUUGCUGUUAUGGUGGACAUAGUCGAUCUAAAGUGCAUAUAAACACAAUGACUUUAAUUGCUGCUAAUAUUCUAUGCACCAAAUUCAAAAGCAAUUAACAGAAGCUCUGAUUAUGUGAAUUUUGUACUUCAAAAUAAAUGAAGGUAUGUAAAAAACUGGUAAGACCGAAAUA